AUGAGCGACCAAUACCGCCAAAUCGUACCAGGCUCCUCUCCGAUCUCCGACGACCAAGAAAACGAAGAGCUAGAGCACAGCCCCCCACCCGAGAAAGGGACCUGGAAGAAGAGAGUUUCAACUGCCUGUUUAGCCUGUAAGAAAUCGAAAAGAAAGUGCAGCGGGACAUCACCCUGCGCAAACUGCCAAACUUUCAAACGAGUCUGCAUCUUCGACGAAUCCCUAGACCAGCGUCGCCGUGUCGCAGCCAAGCGGACCGCAGACGAGCUCUCUUACCACCGCGACCUCCUAGCAGAUCUCUUCAAGCUCAUUCGUGAAGCAAACGAAUCACACGCCCUGCACCUCCUGACCAUCAUCCGGCACAAUGCCCCCGCCGACGAAAUCAGAGCUUACAUCAAUGACACUCUGGACUCCCUUAGCCGCGAGGAUCACAUUCCAAAGAAAGAGCAGACAGUCGCUAAGCUCGAGGAUAUGCGCCAUCUUAUCAAUGUGGAAGGCUCGACGCCCGUGUUCAGAAGGAAGGUUAUGGAUAUCCAUUACCUGUGUGAUGAUGCGCCUUGUACAGUUCCCGCGGAGCCCUGGACGAAUGUGACUGCAGAUGGGGAUUUGGUAUCACAUCUGGUGUCGUUAUAUUUUGCUUGGAAUUGGCCGUUUAGUGCGUUCCUUGACAAGGAGGUGUUUUUGAGACACAUGAGGCGCGCUGAACUUGGGAGUGAGUUUUGUAGUCCGUUUUUGGUCAAUGCUGUGUUGAGCAAUGCUUGUUAUUUCUCUGAGUUUUCAGAGGCCUAUGUUGUUCCUGGUGAUAUCUCUUCCAAGGGAAGUGACUUCUUGGCUGAGGCGGAGAGGUUGAAGGAGGAGGGCCCUCCGCAGCCUAGUUUGGCUGGAUUGCAGGGCACUCUGCUCUUAUAUGAGAGAUAUGCAAUGUCACGGGAAGAUGACCUGGGCUAUAUCAUGCUCCAUCAGGCCAUUCGGAUGGGAGAAUCCUUGGGCUUGGUCGGCAGUACAGGUCCUCGAAUGGCGUCUGGCGAGUUGUCGCAAGACAUGGAGAUAUCAUGCAAACGAACAGCGUGGGGUCUUUUCAACGUCGACACUCCAGUCGAAGACCAGUCACUAUGGUGCCCAUAUCCCACGCAUCGCGAGACCCGUCCAUCGUUCCUCGCCUCGUACUUCGACGAAGCAUCCACCUUGUCAACCAUUGCCCGCGAUAUCUCACGCAGCAUGUUCGCAGAUUACCGAGUCAGUACAGCCUUGGGUCCAAUCCACCGCCAGAGCCGCGAGGCUCUCUACGACCGUCUCCGUCGCUGGCACGAUCUACUGCCGGAGGAUUUCGACGUGCGUUACAGACCUGCUCCACACAUCAUCUUACUCAAAAUGCGGUACAAUACCCUCAUCAUCAACCUCUUCAGCUGCAUCUCCGCGGACCCCUCCUUCGAGCCCAAUACCCCCGAGAGCCCAUCCCGACACACCCCGGACCUGAAAUACAACGCAUGGGAAGUCACAACCAGCGCAGCGCGAGGAAUCGCCUCGUUGACCCGUCUUCACAGACGGGAGUUUGGGAUUAGUCGCGCACACCAAUUCGCGAUGUACGCGAUCAACCUCGCGCUCUUCACGAUGCUAGAGCAAGAGAACUUUGACGUGUUGGAUGAAGAUUUCCUCACGCUCGCGAGUGCAUUCUCCGUUGUGGCGAGUCGGUCGGCGCUCGGAAGGAAUCUGUUCCAUAUUUUCCGACAGUCGGUGCGUGGGAAGGCGCAGGGGUACCGGAUCCGCGGGUCUGAGAUUCCCGAUGAAUUGAAGGAUCUCUUCGAUGAGGAGUCGGCUAGCAAGGGCUGUCAUCGAUUUGAUGACUAUGCCGAAGGAUUGGAGAAGUUAAACCAGAAGGAUAAGUAUCGUGGCAUUGGCGGCGGAUUACAGGAUUAUCCUGGACUUGGACUCUCCGAUAUGUUGGAUCGAUAUGAGAGUCUGAGUCUUGGAAAAGACGAUGUUCUUGCUGAGCGGUAUCUAGUGGGUUGUUGA